CAUUCGACAGUCAUAAGAUCAGAUUCCUAGUGUCAAAUCAGUUUCAAAUUAUCAAUCGAUUGCUAAAGACGUACUUUACAAAUUUCUGAAAAACAUGUUGUUCAAAUAUUUUCCAUUCAUUUUACUCUGGGCUCAGUGCCUGUUGGCAGCGCCCACACGUGAAGCAGUUUCGGCAGCAGCCCAACAUCAGCUGGAGCAGGAGGCACAAGCUGAGACGAUCAAUUUGCUGAAUUCUCUAUUCCGGGCACAAAUCGCCUACUUUAGCGGCGUGCGAGCGAAACUUGCUCCAACUACGAAACGUGCCCGUGACAUUGAGGUCUAUGUGACGCGUUUGAAUGAGGCGAUUGCAGAGCCGGAUCUCGACAAGAAGAAUGCCAUGUGGCUCAACAUAUUCGAGCAGUUUAGUAAAUCGCCGCUAUUGCUUAACAAGCCGGAGGAAACGGGACUUAGCAAUGCUGAGUAUCAGGUGUUGCUGACUGAUGUCAAGCUGCAGGAGAUAACAAAAAGUUACAUUCGUGAUGUGUCCACCUACUUCUUUAAAAUGGCCAGAAUCAGCGGCAAAGUUGUCGAGAACGGCAUCGAUGAUUACUUCGCACAAACCAAUGUAAGACGGCACCAAUAAAUAGUUUAAAAUUUCAUUCCAAAAUAUGUGUUCUAAGUGCUUAAUGGAGCUGAGAACAUAUCGAUAACAAGCCACACCGAUAGAAAGUUCGAUUAGCAUUCAAUGCUUUUAAAACUGUAACCGAAAUAAAAGCAAGCUUGCGAUUAUAACUUAAUUUGUAUAAAC